UUAUGGGGCGGCGAUGCUUUUCCUCCACACCGAUAGCGAGACGUCGCGCUUAGAGAAGCUGUAGCACCUGCAGGAGGACAGAUUUCAGGCGACAUUUGAGCAGAAAGCGAUUCCGUUCCACAGCGCGGUAAAGACAGCAGGGGGAGAUGGUCCAGAACAGUGUGAUGAGCAACGCCGAGGACGUGGCGGAUCAGUUCCUGCGAGUGACAAAGCAGUACCUUCCCCAUGUAGCGCGAUUGUGUCUGAUCAGCACCUUCCUAGAAGAUGGUAUCAGGAUGUGGUUCCAGUGGAGUGAGCAGAAAGAGUACAUCGAGAGCACAUGGGGAUGUGGCUUCUUCCUCGCCUCACUCUUCGUCUUAAUAAACUUACUGGGCCAGCUGGGUGGUUGUGUAUUGAUCCUGAGCAGGAAUUUUGUGGAGUAUGCCUGUUUUGGAUUAUUUGGAAUCAUUGGACUGCAGACUAUUGCCUACAGCAUUUUGUGGGACCCAAAAUUUUUAAUGAGGAACCUGGCACUGGGGGGUGGGUUGCUGUUGCUGCUGGCUGAGUCACGUUCAGAAGGCAGGAGCAUGUUCGCUGGUGUGCCCACGGUGCGAGAGAGCUCUCCUAAGCAGUACAUGCAGCUCGGAGGACGGGUGCUGCUCGUGCUCAUGUUCAUGACCCUGCUCCACUUUGAUGCCAGCUUCCUCUCUAUCUUACAGAACCUGGUAGGCACGGCUCUAAUAAUCCUGGUGGCCAUCGGGUUCAAGACGAAGCUGGCUGCCCUCACUCUGGUUGUCUGGCUCUUUGCCAUCAAUGUCUACUUCAAUGCCUUCUGGACCAUUCCGGCUUACAGGCCCAUGCAUGACUUCCUCAAGUACGACUUCUUCCAGACCACGUCUGUGAUCGGAGGUCUGCUGCUCGUGGUAGCACGAGGGCCUGGUGGAGUCUCCAUGGAUGAGAAGAAGAAGGAGUGGUGAGACUGGGCAAACCUCAAAUGGUUCUCUUGCUCACUCUAUAGUGUGUGCAGCAUUAUCCCUCAAAGCAAGUGCACUAUAGGGGGAGUGAUGAGCAGUUUGAGACAUGGCCUGUAGUGAAGGAACCCAGAAGCCAACAACGUGACUCACUCUUUACUUCUGCAGCCCAAGCAUUGUCUCACUUAUCUAUGGUUUCAGUGUGUUUUCUUCAUUUCUACAGGCACUUUUAGGCGUUAUAUUUUUGUCAUAUUUAUUAGCAGCAAAUAUGGCCAGAACCUGUUUUUCAUCCUUGUUGUUAGCAUAAUCAUUAAAGAUCUGGUAUAUUAUUACAACAUUUUAAUAAUCCCAGAAUAUCCCCUCUGUUUGUGGUGCCAAUCACAGUCCACUGACCAAAGAAACAUUCCAUUUUCUACUUUUUUAUCUUUAAACAAUUGUGGCUGCUCUGGUGUUAUCUGAGCCCAGUUGCUGUUUAAAUUUAUCAUACAUAACAUCAAGGAUUUUAUUGGUUGUCCUUGUAAGAGCUUCAGUAAAGGGUAUUUUUACAUCACAUCGCUGUUUAUGAAUGUAUAUCAUAACUGUGCUGAUUCAGACUGAAUGGUUACAUUGUGUAGGGCUCAGUGUAUAUGACAGCUGAUAUGUUCAUCAUUACAGCUCAGGAGCAUAACAGGCAAGAACUAAGAUUACCAUGUGGUUGAAACCAAGUCUAUGUGUUUUCUAUUAUUUAAAAAAUGGUAAACUAUAAUCAAUGACCACACGUAAUGGCCUUUUAGAAACUUUUUUUUUAGUAUUAAAAAAUAUUUUCACACCAUUCCAAAAUAAAUAUGACAUAAUAAAUAUUAUGUCCGUAUAUGUCAUUGUUAACUGUGUGUAAACUGUUGUCGGGUCACUAAAGUUUACAGUAGCUGAUAGUAUUUUUCAAAACAAGCAAAGCAGGAAUUUUAAAUAAAUGAAACCCCCCUGAAUUGUCAUGCAGUGUUUCUCCUCUUUGUAUAAAAAAAAAAAGUGCAGAAAAUGUUGGUUUUCUAAGUGUAGCAAG